AACUCCGCUCGUCACUGUCCCCGCUGUGAGAGUGUGUAAGGUCGGUGUACCUGAGGACCUUCUUCCGCCUUCAGUCACCGAUACGAUCCGCGCAGCUGAAUACAAACGGACUGGUUAAAAAACAAACAAACAAACAAACAAAUCCUACAAGCCUGUUAUUUUAGGAUAUCAAGAAAGUAGCCACCGGGGGGUAACGUCUUCAGUCGCAGAUCACAUCAGCCCAAGUCAUGCUCCUUGCUGAUGUACUGCACAGAAGUAUGAAGUCAUCCCCACCUCUUAACCAUUUAACCCCAUGGAUUUGCUGAGGAAGGGAUUUUGGUGCAUCGGCUCACCAAAACUUCCUCGCUCCUCUUCCACGGCCUAUUCUCCUCUUGUGGAAUGAAGACAGCCAGCAGGUCUUGCUGCACUUCCUCAGUGGUCCAGAUGAGGCGUUACAGGACAGGGGUGUAUCCCUUACUGUUCCCUACUGUAAUCAACUCGCUUCCUUUACCGUCUCCGACGCAAAGUUUUAACCCGCCUAGCAGCGCAGGAACACCGUCACCUGUGGCCAUCGAGACACAAAGCAGUAGUUCGGAGGAAUUGGUGCCCAGCCCGCCCUCGCCCCUGCCCCCUCCACGCGUCUACAAGCCCUGCUUCGUGUGCCAGGACAAAUCCUCUGGGUACCACUAUGGCGUCAGCGCCUGCGAGGGAUGCAAGGGUUUUUUCCGCAGGAGCAUCCAGAAGAACAUGGUGUACACAUGUCACAGGGACAAGAACUGUAUUAUCAACAAGGUGACGAGGAACCGCUGCCAGUACUGCCGUCUGCAGAAGUGCUUUGCUGUCGGAAUGUCUAAAGAGUCUGUGAGGAAUGACAGGAAUAAAAAGAAGAAGGAAAGUCUGAAGCCCGAGCUGACAGAAACCUAUGAGCUCACGGCUGAGCUGGAGGCCAUCAUUGAAAAAAUCCGGAGGGCUCACCAGGAGACGUUCCCAUCCCUCUGCCAGCUGGGCAAAUACACCACGAACUCGAGUGCUGACCACCGUGUGCGUCUGGAUCUGGGGCUGUGGGAUAAGUUCAGCGAGCUGGCCACCAAGUGCAUUAUCAAAAUCGUGGAGUUUGCCAAACGGGUGCCGGGUUUCACUGGACUCACUAUCGCUGACCAGAUCACUCUGCUCAAAGCCGCCUGCCUGGACAUACUGAUCCUGCGCAUCUGCACACGGUACACACCGGAUCAGGACACUAUGACCUUCUCAGAUGGACUGACACUAAACCGGACACAGAUGCACAACGCCGGAUUCGGGCCGCUCACAGACCUGGUGUUCACCUUCGCCAACCAGCUCCUGCCCAUCGAGAUGGACGACACGGAGACAGGCCUGCUCUCAGCCAUCUGCCUCAUCUCCGGAGAUCGUCAGGAUCUAGAGGAGCCGUCUAAGGUGGACCAGCUCCAGGAGCCUCUUCUGGAAGCACUGAAGAUCUACGUGAGAAAGCGCAGACCCAGCAAGCCCCACAUGUUCCCCAAGACUCUUAUGAAGAUCACGGAUCUCCGCAGCAUCAGCGCCAAAGGUGCUGAGCGAGUCAUCUCUUUAAAGAUGGAGAUCCCCGGUUCUAUGCCUCCUCUCAUUCAGGAGAUGCUGGAGAACUCAGAGGGCCAGGAUGGACAGAGCUCUUUGGAAAAGAGCAGCGCGGAAGAAAACAGCAGCUCCUUCGAUCUGAAGUCCGCCACGUCGCCCUCUCCGGAACCUACUUCCUCGUCGAGCGAGGAACCUUAGGAGCAGAGAGGAAGCGAGAUGGCUCCUUUAUUGUGCACAUUAACGAGUGGACCAUCACUGCUACCCUUUCCCCAGCGUAAACUUCUUUUUAAAAAAGAAUUCAUUCCUUCGAAAACACAAAACAAGGACGGAAAACCUGCUUAGCGCUUAAAAACAUUCGUAAUACGGAACUUCCAACAUGCACAGUGUGUCAGCGAGCACAUUCGUGUGUUACUGAAUGCCUAACACAGAGGUGAAACUCCUCAGGUCUGCUGUGUAUAUUUUUGCUAAACCUGCAUGACAGGCUUUCUUAUUCAUCCUCCCCUCUCUCUCUCUCUCUCUCUCUCUCUCUCUAUGUCUCUCUCUCUCUCUCUCUCUCUAUGUCUCUCCGCCAUGGUUUAUGUUGGCAUGCAUUGUACAUACCAUCGUAUGACAAGAUCUCUGUAUGAUAUUUUGUGGUGCUUUUCUACAGUCUUAAUAUUAUCAUUUGAGGCGAAACAUUACAUUUACAGAUGAACACCAUCAGAGGGCACUGUAAAGAGCGGCUCCGUCCCGGGAAUGGACGUUUUCCGGACGGAUUUUUUCCCGGACAGUAGUUGCUCGUAUGGACAAUAAGCUCAGCUGUGCGCCUUUCAUCUAAACUCCUUUAAAAUACAGCUAUAGAGAAUGUCCUGGGAUAAAGACAAUAUGGCAGUCUAAUAUUUUCUAUAUGCGUAUAUUUAAUCCUGUUUUGUUUCUGUAUCUUCGUUUGUUUCAUAUCAGGAAAACACAAACACACACACACACACACACACACACACACAGUCGGUCAUUAAGAGAGGGAUUCCCUAGGAACAGUAUUUUCUCUGUAUUACUGAUGUGACUAUUCAUAACAUGAACACUUUAUCCUAGUCAGCGUAAUAGAGAAUGCCAGGAAUAUGGGGAAUGAUGCGGGAUUGCGUCCUGAUGUGGACACCAGUCCAUUGCAGGACACACACUCACUCACACCUAGGGGCAAUGUAGCCAGUCCACAUACUAGCAUGUUUUUGGGAGAUGAAACCUACAUAGUCACUGGGAGGAGCAUGUACAAAGACAGUCACCUGAGCUCAGGAUCAAAUCAGGGAUUUGGGAAAGGAGCCAAAUCCAGUUAAAGUGGAAAUGUGGCAUGGAUUCACCGUGAUUACAUCAAUCUCACAUCUGGUAGCAUCUGGAAAGUAAAGCAUAGUUCUUUGGAGUGCAAAAAUUCAGUGCUGAUCCGAAUCCUAAUGCACUUUUAUUCAGGUUAAAACUGUCUUUGUAAAAAAUACCUCUUAGGGAAAUGACUUGGAAAACACACACACAUAAAUCCAUACACAUACUGUAUAUACAUAGACACACAUUUCUUACAUGAUGCAAGAUUCUGAAAUCACAGCGGCACUUAGAAUUUACUUAAACCCGAGACGUUUAUAUGAAACUAUAUAAAUGUAAAAGGCUGUGAAACUAUGAGGCAGGGAUUUCAGAUUCCUCUGCCCUGAGGAAAUGUGGUCACUCCAGCAGGUUCACUCACCAGAGCACUGGAAUCAAGCGUUAUUUCACUUACAGCCACUUUAAAUGACUUUACAUAACAGUGUUAGAGGGUUUUGGUUCCCCCAAUUGCAAGACGCUUGCUCUCACGCAUUGGGGAGAUUUGUUUUCCUCGCAGUUCAUGAAUGUUUCUUUUUCUCUCUCUCUCUCGUGCCUCAGAAGCCUUACAUUUCUAUUCGAACUUGCAUUCAUAUACAUAAAGAGCUGUUUUUUGAUGAUGAGUACAAAGGCAACAUUUUACGUUUCCCAGGCCGUGUAAAGGUGGUCGGUUUAUUCUGUGGCCUUUCAGACCUGGAUAUUAUGUUUUGAAUGUAUUCUACAUGCUGUAUUUGUCACUCCUGCCCACGCACAGACAGAGAGGGUCAUGUAUUUCUCUUCAGUAAUGAUAUCUGUAUGUUCUUUUGCUCUCUCUUCAGUCACAUCAUCACACAGAACUUGUAAUUAAUUAUGCGACGGGAACAAAUCGCAGCUUCGGUGGACGCUCAGCUUUUCUCUACAGAACCCUAUUUUUCAGCUUCAACAACGGUCAGUUUUUCCUCUUAAGCUCGAGCAGCUGGACUGAACAGAGGCACAAUCCUGGAACGUUUCAGGAAAAGUUUCAAGGAAACAAUACAUGAUGUUCUGCUGUCUUUCGCACCGUCCUGUUUGCUCCUCUCAUCAUUUUGGUGUCAAAGUAGACAACGCUCACCCCCCUGUCAUGUUCUAGGAAUAUUUUUGCUUGACUAAAUAAACACUAAAGGAUCGGACUGAAACACUUUCAGCUUCAUGCCUCCACAGAAGCAGUAUCUAUCUUUUAUUUUUAUUUCAUUUUUGCUCAUCUAUGCCCUGUUUGUACAUUAACAAUGCUUUGUAUGUUCAUAUGCUGUUUACCAUGAACUCUCUCGGUGAAAUAAUGAAAAUAUAUUUAUUUUAAAAUAAAGAUGCGAGGAGAUAUUUGGACACCGUGAG